AUGCCUCAUUCCGGGCGAAUCGUUCGCCGGGAUGUUGUCCCAGCACAUCGACUACCAUUUUUGGUCCCGACAAAUACCCCCUUGGCCGGGCCGACCCUCGCAGUGAGAGCUCCCGAAGCGACACAAUCCACCACCAAUGGCGAGAAAUCCACGAGUAAUAUGACCACCACGGUCUUGCCCGUGGUGUUGGGUGCUGGUGUACCCAUCCUCUGUGCUAUUAUCGUCCUCAUUGUACUACACCGGAGACAUGUCAAGAAACUCAUGCGCGAAGAUGCAAUGGAUAAACAUAAGUCCCUCGAUUUCGGAAUGGAUACAGUUGGUCCUGCCACGAGGAGGAAAGGUGGUCCACAGGGAGGAAUGCCCCCGAUGUCAGAACCCGGUCAUACCAAGGGACUGUCCCUUGACGUCAGCCCAUAUCUGAUGCCCCCGGGCCUGGUGGGCUCCCGCGAUUCCCUCCACUCCAUGUCCAUUGAUGAUGACAAGUACCGCCCUGCGACCGCUGGAGGCUCCGUUCGCUCAUUCCCUCGGGGUCAUGGCGACGACGCCUCCAGUUUUGCGGGCUCUCGAUUUGGAGCCGAAGAGCCCAAUUCGGGUCUCCUGAAAAAUGCCCAGCGGAUGUCCCGCUCCUCUCCGCCUCUCCACAGCUCUCCGACCGAAUCUCAUACACGCAGUCCACUCAGCCCACUCAGCCAGCGGAAUGAGUCCCUGCCCGCUCAUGGGCUGACUCCCCCUCCUCCGGUGGCACAACAACCGGGCAUGGCCAUUGGCAGUCCUAGUGUCGAACGAAGCUUCUCUCCCCAAUCCCUGCCACACGUGGAUGACACUCCGCUCCAUUUCGGUCUGGAUGAGCCGCACAGCGCCCCCCACGAGGAGCGUCCGAACUUCCCUCUCCCCGAGCCCUCGCAUGCCGACCGCGAGAGUUCCCAACUGCCUCGUAUCUCCCUGCCGGCCAGCGAUGUAACCACGAGCGAUUAUGGUGACCGCAAGUCGGAUUACAUUCUCCCCGCGGUCCAUGCCUCGGGCGCGGAGGAACCUGCGCACGAGAAACCAGGGCUCCCAGAGGAGCCCCAUAAUUUGGAACCCGUCUACGACGGUCGCCGCAACACCAAGCGGAUGACUCUCGGGGUGCGCCCUCUGCCCCCCGAGGACCCCUCUGACAACCCCGAGCAGCGGGCCAACCGCAUCCGCUCAUUCUAUAAGGAGUACUUCGAUGACAGCAAACCCGGCCAGGAGCCCACUUACUACGAGGACUUCGGCCCUGAGUUCUAUGAAGGUGGCGGUCCCGGGGGCAGUGGGUUCGUCUAUGAUCCGGUCACGGGCGAAUACUACGAUGCCGGGGCUCCUCCCGUUCCCGCUCCCUUCGCUGAGCCCUAUACUCGUCGGGCCAUGACGCCUCCCCCCCGCGCGCCGCCCCGCUUCCAGGGUGCCGCCCGCCACCAGGCCACGAACUCCGCUGGGUUCGGUGGCAUGCCCAGCCCGCGGGCCUUCUCCUCGGCCUCUGGGCCCCGUGCCUUCUCCUCAGCGUCCAAUCGAGGCCCUGGCCGCAAACCGAUGCCCCCUCCCUCGCCGCUGCAGGUCCUCCCCACCCCCCACAUGCUGACGGACGACUCCCUCAUGACCGCCAUGGACUUCGCGCCCGCCCACGGCUUCAAGGAACGUCGCGAUGGUCGGGCCGAGACUCCCACGGGCGGCAUGCGCCCGUACAGUCCCGCCGUGCGCGCUCACACUCCCCUCGCGUCCGCGUUUGAUGAGCUGGCCGUGAUGCCCAGUCCCCACGCGCUGCGCAAGUCUGGCACGUACACCAACCUGGACUUUGUGCCCCCACCGCGUUUCCGCAACGAAGGGGGUGGCAGUGACGCGGGCAGCAUCCGCAGCGGCCGCAGCGGGAUGUCGGCGGCACACCAGAACAAUAUUCGCAUGGGCAACUAUCGCGUGAGUCGCCUGCCGCCCUCGGCGGUGGGCACACGGGAUGAUAUGAUGGUCAGCCUGAAGCCCAGCUGGGAUAUGCUGAACAACAAAUAA